AUAUACGUAUACAUAAUUGAAUAAAAAAAUAGGUAACAGGUUAUGACGACUGAAAGCGGAAACAUUAUUCAAAAGAGUAAAAAAGCAAAGGACAAAGAUAAGGAUUUUAAAAAUACGGAGAAGAAAAAUUUCAAGGAUGGUGGCAAAGUACAAAAGAAAACAUUAAAUAAACAAAAGAAAGCUAAGAAAGAUAACGAUACAUUGUCGGAACAAGUGGACGUAGAUGACGUAGAUCAAGCUCUUGAUGAGAGUUUGGAUGUGGAUAGUAAAAGUAAAGAUGUAAAGAAGAAGCCCUCCAAAAGGCAAUUAAAAAGAGAAAAGGCUGCAAAGCGUGAAGCUGAAGUCAAAGAAAAAGUUAAACUAGAAGUUAUUGAAAAGGCCCUUAACUAUGUAUCAAAAUGGAAACAUGCAAGAUCCCAAUGGAAAUUUGAAAAAGUCAAGCAGAUUUGGUUAAUCAACCAUUUACUUAGUGACACAUACAUUCCAGAUGAGCAUUUUCCAACUGUGAUGGAAUACUUUGAAGGUUGCAAAGGUCAGGCUAGAAAACAGUUGAUAGACAAAGCUAUGGAAAUCAUUAGGAAGGCAGAGGACAACAUUGAAGAAGACGAGACAGUAGUUGAAACGACAGAGUAUAAAAGAGCUAGGCACCUAAUACAAGCAUUGCCAACUGAAACAUAAAACUUAAUGUUUAACAAGUC